UGUAUAGGAUUCACGGAUCUCUGCGAGAAUUUCACUAAGGCUGACCACGGCAGCCCCUCCCGGCUCACCCAAGUCCUGAACUCAUACAUCGGAACCAUGGUCCAGGAGAUACUCUCACACGGCGGCGAUAUACUGAACUUCUCUGGAGACGCUAUUCUCUCCAUGUGGAAGAGAUUGCCUAGCUUGUCCCUGCAGAGCGUCGUGCACUUGGCUAUAGAUUGUGGAUUGAAUAUUCAGAAGAAUUAUGGGACGUUGCAUUCUGAUGUUGGCGUUGUACUUAGAGUGAAAGUAGCGAUAUCCUGCGGCGUGUCACACUUCGCGCUCAUCGGCGACGCCGCGCACUCCCACUACGUGGUCCUAGGUCAGCCGGUGUGGGACAUCAAGGUGGCGGAGUACCUCGCCGUAGCCGGUGACGUCAUCGCAUCGCCCAGUGCGUGGAGGCAUGCCAACCAGGCGGAAUAUAUUUCGGAGUCGUUUGGAGAUGGAACUCAUACGAGGGUGCUACAAACCACAGGUCCAUGGAAGAGAUUCAGCCCCUCUUUUAUUAACGACAAAGAACUGCUUCUUCCAGCUAUCGACUUAACUGGCGACCUGGAGCAAUACUACAAAAAAUUUGCACUUCGGCCAGUUAUAGUAUCAGCGUUACGUAGCCUAUGGUGGCCUACGCUUCGCAAGUUCAUGGCGCAACCCGUGAUUUGGGCCGUAGAGAAUGACGAACCCAUGGAAUUCCUGACCGAGAUACGCCGAGUGGUAGUCAUUUUCUUGAACAUUGUGACCAAAACUGUGACUGAUGAAAUGCUUGUCGAAAUUGUGGAUACUGCAUAUAAAUGCGUUUAUCGCACAUCGUCAGCAGCAGGCGGCCUUUUAAACAAAGUGUCCUUGUUCGACAAAGACCUAAUGUUUCUACUCGUUUUCGGCCUCCGAGGGAUGUCCCACGGUGACGAGGCCCAAAAGAGCCUGCUCUGCGCUCAAGCUUUGAAGGAGAGGCUGAUCGACCCUAACAUUAUAUCAGUCUCAAUUGGGAUUUCGUCUGGAACAACAUACUGCGGUGUGGUUGGUCACGUUCUCCGGCGGGAAUACACAGUUAUAGGAACAGCAGCCAAUAAGGCAGCACGAUUAAUGACAGCGUAUCCCAACAAAUUAGUUUGUGAUAAGGAAACAUUCUUAAGAAGCAAAAUGGAUCAAGACUUUUUUAGGUUGAUGGAAUUCAUCCCAAUGAAAGGCAUUCAGAGGCCUGGACCAGUUUAUGAGUUCAACAAAUAUGGAUGGCCUGAAAAGCCAAGCGGCAGACGCCAGCCUAUCCUAGGCAGAGAGGAGGAGUUGCGAGCCUUCAUACUGGCUUUCCAGCAGGCAAUGGAACAGCAACAUGAGCCGUUUGUAAAAAAACGGGAUCUUAUCUACGGAGUAGUGCUCAUUAUACCAUAUGGAUUGUUCCGUCAGAUUGCUCUCAAAACACUGGCAGGGAGUUCCUCAGAACGAGAUAAGUGCGAAAACCAAAUACGGACAAGGUUUACAAGCAUUGACUUUGAUAUUGGAAUAAGCACACUGCAGUGCUGUUAUACAGGGUGUCCCUGGAAGUAUGGUCAAAUCGAAUGGGGAUGUAGAGAAGGCCAUUCUGGGAAUUUUCUACCACAUGUACUAUUAUGCAUUGAACACUCCAGUUUGGACCUCAACGCAUUGACUCCAGUUGAGCUUUAUGCGAUAAAUAUCAUAUUCGGUUGUCGCUUGGAGUUGCCCGACAACUUUAAAUUUCCGGAUGACAUUCUCGAAGAAAGUUGCACGAAAAAUUUAGUGCGUAAUAUUUUUGAAAAUAAUAUUCCUUCAAUGUGUAUAGUGGCGAUAGAAGAGGGAAUGAACAUGGAUGAUGAGUCUUGGAGGUUACUUUUGGUUCUAUUGGAUACCAAAACAAUUUUCGUCAUCUUGGCUCUUACUGAUCAAACAAGCAUGUCUGAAGUGGCCCUCCAAUGCUUAUCGAGCAACAAGCUGCUUCAAAUGCCGAUUUCCGGACUGAGCCAUUGGUACCAGUUGGUUAUUGCUUGCCAGUUCCUUGACGUACAAGCUGUUCCGACAGAUUUGGAGAAGUUAAUACAAAGCGCAAGCAAUGGUGUGCCCGGCUGGAUCCAGGACUUCAUCAUAUCGCUCGUCCAGCAAGGAGACUUGAGUGUAGAAACCACGACCAGGGCUAAGGCGUUGGAGCUUGGAGCCGUGAUGCCUACGCCGUCUUUACUGUACACGACGGUGGCUUUAGGAACAACUACCGACAACCAAAUUUCGUUAGACGCGUAUUUUAAGGAAGUUUUGGAUAAAUUGAAUACUCAUGAAUCUCAUGAUACCGAUAAAUUUAAAAGUAGCGAAAUACUUGGUUUAAACCCAAAGGAGCACAUUCAGAUAGCAGUUCUUGCGGACACAUUUGACGUUUUGAAUAUUCGCAUGACCGCUGACGCGGAUGUAAUGAUCAUGAAGACUUAUGACUCACUGACUCCGUUCGAAAAGAUGCUGUUAAAAUGUUGCUCCGUUUUGGGUGUUGUUUUUCCUCGACAAAUGAUGGAAUAUCUGGUAGAGUGUGAUUCCAGAAGAAAAAUUGCAAAAGCUGUAGCGAAGUUAUUCUCAGUUCGUGUUCUGGAGUGUGAAGGGGGUGAUUUUACCCAAGAGACAUCUAAGGUGUUGGUGCAUCGAUCACCGGAGAUUCAAAAUGCUCAGCCACCAUAUUGCUCCUGUCGGGGCACUGAAGAAUUGAUCAACUGCGCUGACCUUCCCAAGUAUGCAUUUUGUGGUUACAUAAGGUUUAAAUCUACUUUGUUCCAAACCACCACAUACGAUUUACUCACGGAGACUCAAAAGUAUGAUCUGCACGCUCGAGCUGUGCUGUAUUUGAAGCAGUACACUCGAAGGUGUUGGUACUGCGGAGAAGGCUGUUUCCUCAAGCUGCUCGGCAGGCGCACUAAUGAUGGUCUCGUCAAAGAGUCGACAGACUUGAAAAAUACGCAAGAAAUGAUUAAAAGUCUGGCAGAGGAGUCGCAUCAUGUGACAGGAGAAUUAAUUCGGUCCCCGAAGUCGAUGGAACACUUGUUCCACUCAUCGGUAAUGCUACGGAUUUUCUCGGAAGAAUUACUCCGUUUCCCAGGCCAAGGAAGUGAAAUUGGAGUUCUACAGAAAUCUAAUGCCUACGUGCGGUCGUUCUCCUCGCUCGACGUGGCCAAUUGUGAAUGUCUUUCAAUAGCUUUGGCAGCUUAUGUUCAGCUUAUUGAUCAUUGCCGUGGAGCAGGCGAGCACGAAAAAUUAUUUGAAGCUUACUUAGAAUAUGCGGAUUUGUGUGUGAAUUCAAACACAACACAAGCACUCUGCUUGCUGAAUGAAGCGGAAACCGUUAUUAUGAGUGACGAAUACUGGUCCAACUGUCGAUUACAUUGCAAGAUUAGAUGGUUCAAAGACUUCUGCUUGGGACGUAUUGUGUCGCUCCGAGGCGGUUGCAUGCUUGCGGCUGGAGAACUUAUCGAAGCUAGGAAACACCUACAUCGCGCGUUGGGGCUGUUUCGUGACCCGUUCCCUACGACUAAUAGAUAUCAGCAAUUGAUCCGCAAUAUGCACAUUACCGUGCGGCAAUGGAUGGCUUUCAAAGUUGCGCCGAAAGCCUUUGUCGGGACAGAGGACGGCUUGAUUGGCUUUUUUUACGAAGAAGUUGCAAUUACAUUAAACCGGCUUUAUACAUUAUUUAUAGCGUGCAAAGAAUAUUCAAAUACUGAAUUAACGGCGAAGUGGUCGUUUGACUACGCCCUACGGAGCAACUCGAACUUCAAACUUCUCUGCGAAUGUUAUGGAAACAUGAUUACUACUCAUUUCAACAAUCAGGAAUUCUCUAAAUGUGUUAAGAUAGUAAACAUGGCCAUAGAGCUUUGUCGGCGUAAGCGCGGUAGAUUGGACGAUGCGGAAGCACGCGCGGUCUGCGUUCUCUACACCACCGUGUUUUUGUUUUAUGUCGAAUACGGUAAGAAGAACGAAAGCCUAGAGUUCGGUUUGCCGGUGAUGCACAUGGUGUCCAUGCUCCGAGAGUCGAGCAUGCGCGUGCGUCUCGUGGUGUCUGUGUUGAGGCUACUGCUCAGUGAUCUGCGCAUUAAUGAAACGGUGCUACUUAUGAGAGAGAACUUGUAUAUGGAUGGCGAGUUUGACUUGAGCUCGACAACCUGGUACUACACGUACUCGUUAAUGAUACUAAUCGAGACUGGCUACUGCGUUGAGUCGUACCAGGAAUGCGAAAGGUUCUACAUGCAGCACGGAGACACCAUGCUGGCGUUCAAUAGUAAAGACGCCGCGUGGGACUAUUUUGGUUGUAUGUGGCUUAUAACUGUCAGAGUAUGCGCGUGGGAGACGUCGGUUAUAUGGGAAAAGAAAGUAAAAGAAAUAAUGUCCACCGAGAAUAAACAAAUUGAAUACAAAAUUCAUCUGCAAUUAAUUUUGUUGGAGGGAUGGCUUAUAAUGUUAGUGAGAGAGAUUGAUGCAAUGAACGAGAGCCAGAUUGCAAUUAUUAAAGAAACAAUUAAGAAUACGUUCGAAAUGUUAAGCAAGUCUUGUCGGAGAGCACCAAUAUAUCAACCGAGAUAUUUUCUUCUCCUGGCCUACUUCAACUUUAUAAGAGGCAACAAGUUUCGUGCCCGUAGCUAUUUAGAGAAGACGUUUGAACUUGCAAAGGAAUUAGCUGAAGGAACAAUAUUAAUGUGGGCGGAGCAUACGCGGCAGCACUGGACGGGUACACUGGACCCAGAGCUUGAAGACUAUUGGGUAGAGCAUAUCGAGCCGGACAACCUUUUGGAUUACAGAAAUUUCAACAAGAACGUAGGAUUUGUACCAUUUACUCUACCUUUACCAAAAGCAGUAUUGAGAUAGUACUUCGAUUUAAGUAUACACUUUUAUUUUAGUUCC